AUGGCAUCUUCAUCACCAUCUUCUCCUUCUGCUCUAGCUUUUUCUUCUCAAUCAUGGAAAUAUGAUGUCUUUCUUAGCUUUAGAGGAGAAGACACUCGCAAGACUUUUGUGGAUCAUCUCUACUCUGCUCUUCAACAACAAGGGAUCUACACUUACAAGGACAAUGAAACACUUCCUCGAGGGGAAUUGAUUGGUCCAUCCCUUGUAAAGGCUAUAGAAGAAUCUCAAGUUGCUGUCAUCAUAUUCUCUGAAAACUAUGCAGAUUCUUCAUGGUGCUUAGAUGAACUUGUACAUAUCAUGGAAUGCAAGGAUCAGCGAUGCCAAAUCGUUAUACCCAUAUUUUAUGGCAUGAAGCCCUCUGAAUUGAGAAAACAAAAACGGAAGUACAGAGAAGCAUUUCUCAAACAUGAGCUGGAGCACAAGACCAAGGUUGAAUCUUGGAGAAAAGCACUUCUGGAUGCAAGUAACAUUUCUGGGUGGGACAUUGUCAACAGGCAUGAAUCAGAGUUUAUCAAAGAAAUUGUCAGCAAAAUUUCUAAGAUGUUGCAUCCACUAAUUUCAAGGGUGAAUGGAAACCUAGUUGGAAUAGAGGCUCGCGUGAAAUAUUUGACAUCAAAGUUACAAAUUGGGUCAGGUGGUGUGCUCAUGAUCGGAAUAUGGGGUGUUGGGGGUGGUGGCAAAACUACACUCGCAUCUUCUAUUUAUGAUGAAAUCUCUAGGGAGUUUGAUGGUUGCCGCUUUGUUGAAAAUGUUCGAGAGGAAUCAAGCAAGUAUGGUUUGAAAAGAUUGCAAGAAGACAUACUUUCGGGUAUUUUGAAACAAAGUGUCGUGCUAGGGAGGGUAGAGGAAGGAAAGUACAUGAUAAAAGUUAGGUUAGGCUGUAGAAAGGUCUUGAUUGUUCUUGAUGAUGUUGAUCAACUUGACCAACUGGAAGCGUUCGCUGGAUCACACUAUUGGUUCGGUGAAGGAAGCCGGAUAAUAAUUACGAUAAGAGAUGAGCAUUUAUUAAUUGCUCACAGGGUAGACGUUAUACAAAAUAUUAGUUUGUUAAGUGAUGAUGAGGCUAUUCAGCUUUUUUGCAAGCAUGCACCCCGGGAUAAGAUACCUAUGGACGAUUAUGGAGUUCUUUCAAAAGAGGUGGUUCGGUAUGCUGAUGGGCUCCCAUUACCACUUAAGGUUCUUGGUUGUUUUCUAUGUGACAAAGACAUAAAUGAGUGGAGGAGUGCUUUGGUUAGAUUGAAAGAAAUCCCACAUGAUAAGAUUCUGGAAAAGCUAAAAAUCAGCUAUUAUGGACUUACAGGGGUUGAGCAAAAGUUGUUCCUAGAUAUUGCAUGUUUUUUUAGGUGGGAGAAGAAAGAUAGGGCUAUGGAGAUGCUUGAUGCUUGUGGUUUUCAUCCCGUUAUAGGAGUAAAGGUGUUGGUGCAGAAGACUCUCAUAACUAUUUCGAAUGGAAUGUUUGAUAUGCAUGAUCUGGUGCAAGAAAUGGCACACCACAUUGUUAGAGGGGAACACCCUGGUAAUCCAGAAAAAUAUAGUAGAGUUUGGAAGGAGGAAGAUGUUGUAAACCUAUGUGUUAUGGACGCAACAACGCCAGAAGGAAGGAAGAACGUUAAUUGGAUAAAAGUUAUUGAAACCAUAUUCGUUAUUGCUGCAAUCCAUAAUGCCGGCAUCAAACGUCACACCGGAUGUGGGGAUUGUUAUGGCUAUGAAAGUUACUUCAAUUCACUGAUCGAUAUUGUUGAUGAAGGUGAAGAUAACGCUACACAAGAAGUUGAAGGUGGCUACGAAGAUACAUAUGAUGAAAAUGAGAGUGACAAUGAAUCAGGUCAAAGUCUUGAUGAUUGUGAUGGUACGGAAUCUGAUGAAAAUGAAAGUGUCAACCAUAGCAUUCUAUAUUCACCUGGUGGAUCUAAUAAGCUGUGGAAACCUAGUGUCGCGAAAGAAUUUAUGCCUGAUGAUGAGACUAUGCUUAUGGCAUAUAACGAAAAAACUACAGGCGAAGGUUAG